AUGAUAGUGCGCCUUCGCUCUCAUAGCGCGGUCGAUGAUCCGCCGAGGAGUUCCUCUAUAGAAGGCUCCGACGGCGCGCUUUUCGUCCCCCAAAGCGACGACGACAAGGAGUCUUCUUUCGCUGCCUCUAUCAGCGGAAAGGAAGCUCCCAAUAUCUCUAACCUGAUCCUGCCGACCACUGAAACAUCCUUCCGGGCCCUGAACGCCCCGGUUUCGGGCUUUCCCUUCCGGCAGGCCCCUUUCCUUAGAGGCCCAGGAACCGACGGCCCCUUCCCUUCUAACGACUCAAAGGGCGAUAUCCGCAAGCAAUUCCGGGCUGGCGGCGACGAAAGAAAGGGUAAGCGGUUAAUAAGGCGGAAGUUCCUUUCUAGCUUCUUCACAGGAGGAGACGGUAGAGGAGGUUCUUCUAAAGAAGAAGAAGUUAUUAGUGCUAACAGGAGGAAAGACAAGGACACUGCUAGCCCCUCUCGGCCUAUCAGCAAAGGAAAAGAAAAGGCUCUAGUCCGGGAGGAGUCUUCCGAAGAUAAGUUAGGUAGCCCUGCCCUAUUUGACCCGAAUACCAAACAGAAGCGACAUACGAACGAAGCUCUAGAUAGUCUUGAUCAGUUUAGCGACCCUAUUCUAAAGUUUUUCUCUACUCCUAUUAAGAAAAAGAUCCUGGCGGCUAAGCGCGUCCGUUAUAUAGACUAG